AUGGGACUGUUUGAUUGGGACUCAGCUCCAGUCUUGAACACCAAGUCCCCACUGGACGGGAGCGCUGACCACCUGAAAUACGGGGAGGCUCAGGAGAUUCCUCUUCUGAGGAACUAUCUCUGUCCUACCAUGUUCACCUGUUUCUGGUCUGCAUGGCCCAUCAAUAUUGUGGCACUGGUUUUCUCUGAGUUGGCCAAAAAGAGCUAUGAUGAAGAGGAUUAUGAAGGCUCCAAGAGACUGGGUCGGAAAGCAAUCCACCUGGGGAUUGUUUUUUUUGUCUUGGCCUUGUGAUCGUACAC